AUGGAUAAUGAAGCGUGUAAAAUAUUCCGUGAAAUUAAUGAAUAUUUUAACAAUGAAAUUGUCGAUGUGACAAAAUUUGACUCUAAUAAGAGUUCAUUCGAAUAUUAUCGCCCUUAUAAUAAACAGACUAAAAAAUAUCGCGAUUGUGAAAACAACUAUGAAAGAAUUAACGUGCUUGGUACAUAUUUAUAUAAGAAAUUAAAUAAAAUUAAAAGUGAUGCAAAAGCUCGUGAAAAUAAUGAUAAUCAAUAUGUUGAAUACAUGCUGAUAUGGUUAUCCAAUAUAUUACUUCAGAUAACUAAAGACCACACUUCCAUUUUAGAAGAUUCUUAUAAAGCAUAUUUAGAUAAGCAUACGGGUAAUUUUAAAUACUGGAAUAUAUUAGGUAAUAAGAAGUAUUUGAAAGAUAGUAAUAUUAGUUACAUGAGUCAAUUUUAUGAGCUAUUUUAUCAAAUAUGUAAUACAAUUAAUGAAUAUAACACAAAUGGUGCCGGAAGUAAAAGCCUUGGAAACAUUUCCACGGAAUGCUCUAAAACAUAUAAAAAAAUAUAUAAUGAGAUUAAUAGAUGUGGUCCAUAUGUGAAUUUGCUAAAAAAUUUAAAAACCACAUAUGAUAAUUUUAGAACUUCGGUUAUAAGUGCAGAUAAAACAAAUACAUUAGAUGCAGUUAUUCAAAAACUUACACCAGAAAUAAAUAUAAAUUCUUCUUCAAAUGAAUUUGGUGAAGAAUGUAAAAAAGUGCAUUCAAAAGCUGAAAAGAAUGACCUAAAAGAUCAAUCACCAAAUUUACCAAAAGUCCCGUCACAACCAUCACCAAAUGAUCAACCAAAAGGGGCAUCAAAAGACAAAUCACAAGCCGCAUCACAAGGAACACAAGCCGCAUCACAAGGAACACAAGGCACACAACAAGGAGCAUCAAAAGACACACCACAAGCCCCACCACAAAAUCCAGGGGGAAGUCCCACAAUUAGUACAGGCACGCAAAUAAACCAAAGUGGGGAUACUACAUCAAAGCCACAAAUCCAAAAUUCACCGGAUCACACUCCAAAUCAACAAGCGGAAACAGGAACUCCAUCAAGCACGCUUAGCAAUGGAACUGAUACAUUAGGAAGUAAACAGAAUCCAGUAGAUGAUACUCAAAAAGAAGGAACCACUAAAGGGAGUGGACAAAAAGAUACAGGAAGUGGGUCAGGAAAUCAAAAGAGUCCCCAAAUCGAUCCAAUAAAACCGGGCGAUCCAACUCCCCCUAACCCAGCUUCAGCUACUAGCCAAGGAGGUCCAGGUAUCAAACAAGGAGAUCCAAGUGUCAAUCCAGGAGGUGGAGCAGGAAGUAAAGGAAGUCAAGGAGAUUCAAGUGGAGCUCAAGGAAUAACACAACCUCAAAGCACACUAUGGAGUUAUUUUGAUUUGGGGCCAUACAUUUCUUCGAUCAAAUCAAAAGGCAAACAACAAUUAGAUAACGCUUCCAAUUUUAUUAUAAUGCAAAAGGACAAAGUUACUAGUGCCAUUGAUAAUACUCGUAAAUUAUAUAAUACAGCUGUGUCUGGUGCACAAACUGUUUACGAUACAACUAUGUCUAAGGCAAAGGCUGCUUAUGAUGCAUCUGUAUCGAAUGCAAAAACCGCUUACAAUGCAUCUACAAGUUUUUUUAAUGGCAUUAUUGAUGAUAUAACCACCCAACUUGGAAAUAUAGGCAUUACUUCUACACAUAGUGAUGAUACAUCUGGGUCAGGUAGCUCAGGGAAGGAUUCUCCCACAGGUAGUGGUCAAUCAAGCACACCCAAAACUUCUAAUUCGAAUCCAAAAUCAGACCAAAAAUUAGGCCAAAAUUCAGAUCCUAGUUCAGAUUCAAAUUUAAGCCCGCCACUACCACCACCUACACUACCUCCAUCUGUACCUUCACAACCACAGCCUAUCCAAACACAAGAUUCAUCACAAAAUACAAUUCCAAAUGGUGGAUCUAACGUAUUACAAAGUCAUGAUUCAAAUCCUGGAACAGGAAUACCUCCAACACCAAUAAAGUUUAAUAUAAAUACGCCAACCACAGACAACGGAAGUACAAAUUAUGGAACCGACAUUAAAAUGAGCGAAAAACCAUCAAUAUGGUGUAUAGUAAUAAAGAAGAAAUGUAAUGUAGUAGGUAUUGGUAUUAUAGUUAUCUCAACAGUCAUUAUGAUAUCAAUUAUGUAUAAGUAUUUAUCAUUUGGAUCAUCAAAAAAAUCAGAAAAAAAAAACAUGAAGAGAGUUAUAAAUUUUCAUGAUGGAAAAAGCAAGACAAAAAUAAUUAUAAGUUCAAAUGAUAGGAGCAAACACCUAAAAUCGGUUAUAAAUUCAGUUGACAGAAAAAAAUAUUCAUUAUUAAAUAUAUACAAACUUAUGCAGGCCGAUCCCGCACCAUUUAUUAAUUUAUUUUUUUUGUUAAUUUUUUUUGUCUAUAAAAGAAAACCAAAUUAUUUAGAGUGA